UGAGCAAAAUUGCUGGCGCCUCCAAAGGAUCCCACCGCUAGCGAUAUCGGUGGAACGAACGUGUGCUAACCAAAUAAUCGUGUUUACGUGUACCCCCGCCUCCACCAACCCGGCUAUUGACUUUUAAGUGCGUGUAUGGUUUUAUUUCGGUCGAGGACAUUAUAAAUCAACAUAAGCAAGGAACAAGAAAAUAACAGCUGAUCCAUCGCCCAUCUACCGAAUGGCGCUUUCGUUUCUAUCGCAAAACUCCGGUCUCUUGGAUUUACAAAGCAUAUUCGAUCCACAAUAUUCAGAACUGCAACUGCAAGAACACAACCAUCAUCAUCACCACACAAUUGACCAAGAAAACCAGCCACACGAGGAACUGCAACUUCAGCUACCACAGCGCACGAUUGCCACAAAAUUCGACUUGAACAUCUUCAACGAACUCGAUCAAAUGGAAUUCAACAACAACAAUUUGAAUCGCAGUCAAUAUCAAAAUAACAGCAACAUUAAUAGCAACGCCAACAACAGUGCCAGCGAGAACUUAAAUCAGAUCGAGAACCGCCACUUUAUUAGCGGCUACCAUCACCAUCAUAUUGGAAAGGAUUAUGAGCAAGUGAUCAACUUUGUUGACUCGCCGCCAAACUCUGAGGAAUCGUGGACAGAGAUAUCGCUAAUCGAAGAACUUACGAUUAUCGUAGACGGGCAGUCGAAGGAUUCGCCGGGACCGCAGAUAAUCGACGUUCAGACCAUUUACCUAAACAGCGGCUCCCGCAAAAGACGAAUGGAUUGGGACUCACUCGACAUUGGCCAGACCGAGAACUCCCCCACAGCAUCGCAGAGCGGCGAGCUGCCCACCAAAGUGGCCCCCCAGGAAAAGGAUAAACACAAGCGCGAGAAGCACUCUGGCCGCAGCAGCUGGAGCGAUGACAUUGGCUUCGAUCUGAAUGCCGAGUUCAACAGCAGCUCGUACUUGAACAAUGAAAACUUUCUGUCGUUCUCCCCCACGCUGACCGCCCUGAAGCAGGAGCCCCAGACGGAGCAGAUCAAGCCGAAUCCGAAGCUUUCACUGGACACCAGCAACAGCAAUGCCGCAGCAGGCACUUUGUCGUCUGCCCCCGUGGCGAUUGCCAAGGCGGACGAGGCGCAGCUGGGUGCCACUGGCCAGGAGACGUCCGCUGCCAAUGGCAAGCAUGACCUGAGCUCCGGACUCCACUGUGGCUGUGGCACGCCCCAGGGCUCGCCAGUGGCUGCCAGCGAGUAUGACGGACAGGGCGGACACUCCGACAAGGGAAAGACCAAUCCCCAGCAGCAGCAGCAGCAGCAGCAGCUGAGCGUGCUGGAUCCAUCUAAGAUAGAGAUUGUGUCCGCCAACGGAGCGACACAUGCCGAGGAUCACAAGUUUCAAUACAUUUUGGCUGCCGCCACAUCGAUUGCCACCAAGAACAAUGAGGAGACCCUGACGUAUCUGAACCAGGGCCAGAGCUACGAGAUCAAGUUGAAGAAGAUCGGUGACCUGUCCCUCUACAGGGACAAGAUUCUGAAGAGCGUGAUCAAGAUCUGUUUCCAUGAGCGCCGUCUCCAGUUCAUGGAGCGCGAGCAGAUGCAACAAUGGCAGCAAUCCCGACCCGGCGAGCGCAUUAUUGAGGUGGAUGUGCCGCUAUCGUACGGCCUGUGCCACGUCUCUCAGCCCCUGAGCUCCCAUUCGCUCAACACUGUCGAGAUCUUUUGGGAUCCCCUCAAGGAGGUCGGCGUCUACAUCAAGGUCAACUGCAUUUCAACCGAAUUUACCCCAAAGAAGCACGGCGGUGAGAAAGGUGUACCAUUUCGACUCCAGAUCGAAACCUAUAUAGAAAACAACAACACGAAUUCAACUGGAACGAAACAACAGCAACACCAGCAUCGGAAACGGCAACGGGGGAACAGCGGCUCGACAGCCCCAGCCUCCCCAGAGCGCACCUCCAAUGGGAGCAGCAACAGCAACUGCAGCGGAGGGCUAUCCAUUGCCAGUGUGAAGCAGGCCGUCCAUGCAGCUGCCUGCCAGAUCAAGGUGUUCAAGCUAAAGGGCGCCGAUCGCAAGCACAAGCAGGACCGCGAGAAGAUACAGAAGCGUCCACAGUCGGAGCAGGAUAAGUUCCAGCCCAGCUACGAGUGCACCAUCAUGAACGACAUAUCGCUGGACCUAGUGAUGCCGGCCACCACCACGGGCUGUUACAGCCCCGAGUAUAUGAAACUUUGGCCCAAUUCGCCCGUGCACAUACCCAAGUACGAUGGGAUGCUUCCGUUUGCGUCAAGUGCAGCAUCGCCGGCAACCAGCAGCAGCAGCCCCAUUGCGAUCAAUUCGGUGACGUCAACCAAUUCGCCCAACCUCAAGCUGAUGGACGCCACCAAUAUGGUCUCGCCGCAGCAUGUGCCCGCAGAAAUGGAUGACUUUAAUCAGAACAUAAUGCCGGAAUCGACGCCUUCGCAAGUGACGCAGUGGCUGACCAACCAUCGCCUCACGGCCUAUCUAUCGACGUUCGCCCACUUCUCGGGAGCUGAUAUAAUGCGCAUGUCCAAGGAGGAUCUGAUACAAAUCUGCGGCCUGGCCGACGGCAUACGCAUGCACAACAUAUUGCGGGCCAAAACCAUCACGCCCAGGCUCACGCUGUACGCCAGCAUGGAUGGUUGCAGCUACAAUGCCAUCUACUUGUUGUCGAACACGGCCAAGGAGCUGCAGCAGAAGCUGUUCAAGAUGCCCGGCUUCUACGAGUUCAUGGCCAAGGCGUCCGCCCAGGAGAAUGGAGGAGCUGCUGCGGUCGCUGCAAUGUACAACAACUGGAGCAUGCACUCAAAGUACUCGGGCAGCGGCUCGAACAUCUUCAACGAUGCCAACAAGAACUGCGUGUACAUCUCGGGACCGUCGGGCAUUCUGGUCAGCGUCACCGACGAGGUGCUCAACAAUGAGAUCAAGGACGGCAGCCUCUAUGCCCUGGAUGUGCAGAGCGGCAAGGUCAUCCUGAAGCUGAUCAACAAGCAGGACAACAAUUGAAUGGAAUACCAAUAUCAAUACCAACACACCAAUACCACCCUAGAAACCAAGUAUAGCUUAUAGCAUUUACACACAGUUCGAUAUCGUGUUCUAUAUAAGAUUCAAUGUCUAUGAGAUUUCGCGCAGCAAUUUUGAAACAAGUACACCCCUCACUCCGCGCCACGCCUACACCUAGGGGAUAGGUGGCGACCUAAGCCCGAACCUUUUUAGUUAAAAAAUUAGUGCAAAAUAUGUUUUAGCCACCGUUUUCACUCUUUUUAAGUUUGUUUACUUUUAUGCAUGUCUUACAUUACGAAUAGGAAUAGGAGUGCAGUAUGCACCUUCACUCCUCCUCCUCCAUGCGAUUGCAUUUUGAUUCGCUAUAUUUUUUUCUACUUUAGUUCAUUGCCACGGCACAUGCCCCAUGUCCCAUGUCCAUGCCCGGCUACCCCUUUUACAUAUGUAUACAUAUAUAAUAACGUUUACACUCGUUUGUAGAACUCACUCUAUGUGCACCAUUUGAAGUAGAAAGAAAAACGCAAAAAAAAAAAAAAAAAAAAAAAAAUGCAAACCUAAAUUUAAUACUUAUAAAUAACAUCUUGAAGAGUACAGUACCACGAAUACAA